CCUCUUUUUUUUUUUUUUUUUUUAAAUCUAUCACUGGAGGAGACAGCAGCCGGGCUCUCGGGUUGAAGCCCGAGUAGAGAGGGAGAGAUGAGUGGAGCCAAAGCCCGCAGCGACGCAGCUCCUGUUGCUGAAAAUYCCUGCGGCGGCGGCGGCGGCAGCAGCGGCGGAGGCGGGCACGCUUCUGCUGCGGUCCCUUCGCGGGAGCGCAAAUCCGGCGGAGGCGUCCUGAAGAGGCUGAAGUCUCGGAGGAGCCAGGGGGACAGCAGGCCCGUCACGGAGGAGGAGCUGCGGACGAAAGGUGGACACAUCUCUCCGGAGGAUGUGCUGGGACUGCAGGCAGCCACCAGAGGGUACCUCUGCAAACCAGAGGACAACAUCUAUAACGUAGACUUUGUCCGCUUUAAAAUCAGAGACCUGGAGACCAGCACCGUUCUGUUUGAGAUCGCUAAACCUCCACAUGCAGAUGACGACGAGGAGCACCGAGAGGGAGACGCCACCUCGGGACGGUUUGUGCGCUACCAGUUCACCCCGGCCUUCCUGCGACUGAGGACCGUGGGAGCUACGGUGGAAUUCACGGUCGGGAACCGGCCUCUGAACAACUUCCGCAUGAUCGAGAGGCACUAUUUCCGCGAUCACCUGCUGAAGAGCUUCGACUUUGACUUUGGCUUUUGUAUCCCAAACAGCCGAAACACCUGCGAACACAUCUACGAGUUCCCUCAGCUCUCUGAAAGCCUGG